AUGCCAGCCAUACGAGAACUCGAAUACUUCCGUGUCCGUCCCCGAUGGCUCUUCGUCAAGAUCACGGAUGAGGAGGGGCGAGUAGGGUGGGGUGAGGCGUCGUUGGAGGGCCAUACGCAGGCCGUGGAGGGCUGUUUGGAUGCGUAUCGGGAGAGGAUUCUGGGACUUGAUGCUGAUGAUAUUGAGCAUAUCUGGCAGAUGAUCUAUAGAUUUGGCUUUUAUCGAGGCGGACCAGUUUUAAUGAGUGCCUUGUCUGGAAUCGACAUUGCGCUUUGGGAUCUGAAAGCUAGAAGACUUGGAGUGCCUAUCUAUCAGCUCUUGGGCGGCAAACUCAGGAAUAGGAUUAAAGUCUAUGCAUGGAUUGGGGGCGAUAGGCCGGGUGACGUGGAGAUUCAAGCAAAGGGGCGGCAAGCUCAGGGGUUUAAAUCUGUGAAGAUGAAUGGGACGGAGGAUCUAGGUUGGCUGGACAGCCCAUCGGCUCUGCAGGGAUGUGUGGAGAGGUUAAAAGUAGUGAAGAGUCUGGGCAUGGAUGCGGGGAUCGAUUUCCAUGGACGAGUCCAUAAGCCGAUGGCGAAACAGCUGGCGAAGCUCUUGGAACCACACCAGCCAAUGUUCAUCGAGGAACCUCUUCUCUCGGAGCAUAUCGAAGGGAUCAAGGCCCUUUCACAACAUACAUCGACGCCGAUUGCUCUUGGGGAGCGCCUUCACAGUCGGUGGGAUGUCAAACCCUAUCUCGAGUCGGCGGCCGUGGACAUCCUCCAACCAGACGUCUGUCAUGUUGGAGGGAUAUCAGAACUACGCCGGAUCGCGAAUAUGUGCGAGGCGUAUGAUGUAGCUCUGGCACCGCAUUGUCCGCUGGGCCCCAUCGCCUUGGCCGCUUGUGUGCAGGUGGAUGCCAGCACGGCGAACUUUGCGAUACAGGAAAUGAGUCUGGGCAUACACUAUAACGUCGGGGAAGCGGAUUUAACAAGCUAUACCAAGAAUCCAGAAGUCUGGGAUGUUAAAGAUGGGUAUAUAGAUCUGAUGACGGGCCCCGGGUUGGGAAUUGAGAUUGACGAAGAAUGGGUCAGACGAGUGUCGAAGGAUGCGGAGCCUUGGGUCAGCCCCGGGUUUAUUGGUCCUGGAGGUGAGGUGAGAGAAUGGUAGAGCCCAAUCCAUCGAAAAACGAGAUAGAUAGAUAGCUCUGAAUUCGAAGAUAUUAGAUUAUCAUAACUUCAAAUUUCCCCCAGC